AUGAUCACGUUCCGCAAGUCGCUCAUCGCGGCCGUUUUCUUCGUCACCUUCAUUUUCCUCCUCCGUUCCUCGCACUCCUCCCCUUCCUACGAACCCUCUCUCUAUACCCCCGAAGAGAACGUUCAAGAUGGCGCCGACGGGACAGAAGAACGUUCCCCCGGACAGAAGAAGGACGCCGUCCAACAACCGCUCCAACCCUCUCCGAGCGCUCCCCUUCGCGAACGUCUUCGCUAUCAUUUCCCCUACGACCUCAACAACAAGUUCCCCGCAUACAUCUGGCAGACGUGGAAAUAUACCCCGGCCUCGCUGUGGUUUACCGCAGACCUGCGCGCCGCCGAGGCCAGCUGGACCGAACUACACCCCGGGUUUGUACACGAGGUGAUUCCCGACGACACCCAGCGGCAUCUGAUUAAAUACCUCUUCGGCUCGGUGCCCGAGGUGGUUGAAGCCUUUGAUGCGCUCCCACUUCCCGUCCUCAAGGCCGACUUCUUCCGGUACUUGAUUCUCCUCGCGCGUGGUGGAAUCUACAGCGACAUCGACACCACCGCGUUGAAACCCGCCUCUGAGUGGCUCCCCACCUCGGUCGAUCUCUCAACGAUCGGUGUAGUGGUGGGGAUCGAGGCGGACCCGGACCGCCCUGACUGGCACGAUUGGUACUCGCGCCGGAUUCAGUUUUGCCAGUGGACGAUCCAGUCAAAGCCAGGCCACCCCAUCUUCCGGGAUAUCGUAGCCUACAUCACCGAGGAGGCCCUGCGGAUGAAGAAAGCGGGGAUUCUGAAGAAGGGCAAGAUGGACAAGACUAUUGUGGAGUUCACCGGUCCGGCCGCCUGGACUGAUGCGGUCUUCCGGUACUUCAAUAACCCGGAAUACUUCAACAUUGACCCCAAUUCGGACAAAAACAUCACAUAUGAGGAUUUUACGAACCAGGAAGAGUACCGCAAAGUCGGCGAUGUCAUUGUCCUCCCGAUUACGAGCUUCAGUCCCGGCGUGCAGCAGAUGGGUGCCAAGGACGUGGACGAUCCGAUGGCUUUUGUCAAGCAUGAUUUUGAUGGAUCUUGGAAGGAUGACCCGUCCCUAUAA